CCAUCAUAUUCCACCCAUAAGCACAAACCAACCAGCUUAAAAACCAAAAGCAACCAAGUACUAAACAAAAAGCAAUAUGAAGAAGAUAAUCUCCCCUGUUGCCAUCAUCUGUACUUUCCUCCUGAUCGUCUCCAUCUCUAAUGCCGCCGUGCAAGACUUCUGCAUAGCAGACUAUUCUGCUCCCCAAAGCCCUUCAGGUUAUGCCUGUAAGGAUCCUCAAAACGUUACUGCCGACGAUUUCGUCUACUCUGGAAUAGGCUUUGUUGGGAACACAUCGAACAUCUUCAAGGCUUCUAUCACCAAUGGAUUCUCACCUCAGUUUCCUGGAGUGAAUGGGCUUGGACUUUCAAUGGCUCGUGCUGAUUUGGCACCUGGUGGUGUUGUCCCAUUCCACAGCCACCCGAGGGCUUCAGAGAUCUUGCUUGUUUCGGAAGGUAACGUAACUGCCGGGCUUAUCAGCUCUAACAACGAUGUGUAUCUGAAAAAUCUCACAAAGGGUGACAUUAUUGUCUUCCCUCAAGGGCUAUUCCACUUCACUGUGAAUAUUGCUCCAACUCAAGCACUUGUCUUUGUUAGCUUUAACAGUGAAAACCCGGGUGUUGAGAUUCUGGCCAACACUUUGUUUGCAAGCGAUUUGCCUACUGAAUACAUUGCUACCACUGCUUUCCUUGACCCUGUUGAGAUUAGAAGGCUCAAGGCUCUGUUCGGUGGCUCUGGCUAAGCAGCUAUCCAGCUAUAAUGCUAUGUGAAAAAAUCACAAUAAGGACAGCCUCCAAAAAUAAUUUCUUUCUUGUUCUUCCAAAUAAUGUGUACCAUGUCUACACUUUUUUGUUUGUUUGUUUUUUCAUAUAUAGAUUAUAUUGACCAUAUUGGUAAAAUCACAAAUAAAUUUCCAUUAUUGAAUACAUAGUAUUUCUUUUGUAAUCAUUCCUCUUUUGCUUGUAGUUUUAUUGUACGGUAAAAUGAGAUAUAGAUUAUACAUUUGGUUCA